AUGGUGCCUAAAGGCAACACUCCGCUUUCCUUCAUGGAAAAGCUGUCGUUUGCAGUCUAUCUCUACCGCCCUCCCACGUCUAUACCCACGCCUCCGACCACUGAUCCUGAGCUUGUGCUUAUUCUAGGCUGGAUGGAUGCUCGCGAUGCCCACUUAGCGACAUACAUUAAACAGUAUCAGACUAUGUACCCUUCUUCGCCCAUACUCCUGGUGAAGGGCCGCCUUGCAAGCCUUGUAUUUCCCAACAUAGGACUGCGUGAUACAGCACCAGCUGUCGCUCCGAUUUUCGCUGCCUUGACAAAUGACGAGCAUAGCGGAGCGCCCCAGCUUACGCCGCUGCGCCCUCGCCUGCUUAUCCACUCACUGUCGGGGGGAGGGUCCUGCUCCCUGUAUCAUCUCUACAACAAUUUCUUGCAACGGCACGGAACCAACAAUAUUCAACCAGUAUCAUCCGUUCCCCGACAUGUUACCAUUUUUGACUCCAGUCCCGGUGCCUGGAGUUACCAGUUCAAUGUCGAUCUCCUCACGGCUGCUAUUAAGCCGGGUUGGCAGCGAAUACUGGCGCUGCCCUUGGCGCAUAUGAUUGCGAUGACCUUCUGGGUUUUGAUUCGAGGUUUUGGUCUACCCGAUAAUCAAAAAACAUAUGCAACGGCACAUAACGACCCAGAAAAGAAUGACGAAGCCUCUCGAACGUACAUAUAUGGCAGUGCUGACAAAAUCUGCCCGGCAAGGUUCGUUGAGCUUGACUCGGUCGAGGCGAGGAAAAAAGGCUUCAGUGUGCAACUGGAACAUUUUGAAGGGACUGGACAUGUUGCGCAUGUUCGGGCAGACCCGGAUCGAUACUGGCGUAUUGUCAAGCAGGCAUGGGAUGAUGCUACUAGAGUGUGA